AUGGCAGGGGCUGCGCCCAAGGCAGCCGGACACGGCACCGCCAGGGCUCGGCACCGCCGGGCAGUGCCGGGCUCGCUCAACGACGCCCCUGCGGGGGCCCCGGCGCGGCUGCAGCUGUCAAACCGGCCGCCCCACGGCCGUUACCGAACAUCUCCCGGCAAACGGUUCCCAGGCCCGUUAAUCGCGCACCUCCCCCGAGGCCCUGCUGGGAACGCGGUCUCAACCCCGCGCGCCCGGCUCAGCGAGCGGGUCGGAACCGCUGAGGCCCAGCGAGACCGGAGAGCGCCCAGAGACAACCCCGAGGGGUUUCCCCCCCUCAGCACCAGCCCGGCCCCUCCGCCCCCUCACCUGCCCCGGGAAGCUGUUCCAAUGGCCUCGGAAGGGCAGAGUGAGGAUGCAGAACAUCCAGCUGAGCCUCCUGCAGCUCCCGUGCAGAGUGACAGACCAUUCCAGUGGGGAUCCAUACUCGCUGCAGUGAAAGACCAGCUCCCAUCUCUGGACUCCGAGUCCUCCACAUCUGAUUGUGAGAGUGGUGAGGAACUUUUCAUCUUCCAGCGGGAGCUGCCGAACUUAAUUCCUGACCUUUCAGAAGAACUGAUGAUGUUUUCCCUGGAAGACUCCAACGUGCAGGUUCAAAUCCAGGAAACAGAAAGACAACCAUGGGAAAUCUGGAACGGAGACCUGGAAAGUUUUGGCUUUCAGGAAGAAACAGAUGGUACCCAAAUCAUUGCAAAAGAAGAUGUACAAAUGAUUAAAGAUGAGACUUGCAAUCUUGCCAGCCAGACUGAAGAAAUACCAAACCAAAAGGGAGCUGUUCUUGAAGAGUCUCUUGCAGAUUCCACAGAUCACCUUGAAGAGAAAGAACUGGGCAGGAGACAGGCCAGGGAAACAGGGAGCUCUUGGCUUAAUACAGCAUUGUCUGUGGAAGGGCUGUACAGUAAAAAAGAGAGAAAAAAGUUGAUAGAGACAAAGAUACUCUCCAAAACCAUUCUGGAGCCAUCUCCAGCCCACCCAGAGCAGGAUGUCAAACCUCCCUCCUGUGGCAUCAACAACAGUCUAGAAAGAAUUGCAAAGGGAGAGACCUCCUCAGAUGAGCAUCUUGGAGAAGUGACCCAUUUGUCACUGCAGGUCCAUCUUGGUGGCAAAACCAAUGGAUCAGCAGUGUGGCUCCUGGGACCUCAGGAGAGCCAACCACAGCCUCUGUCUCUGGAAGCGCAGGAGACUCUUCUGGUUCCAGGCAGACUUGGCACUAAAACAGGGACCUUUCUGGCCUUCCAGUGUCUGGUCUUUCCUGUAGUGCUGGAGAAUAUUGAGAAAUGGGAUCUAGAUAAGAAUCUUGAGGAGCUGGAGCAGCAGAGAGAUAACACUCAUGCAGAAGUUGCUUUCUUCUCAGCAGAUUGUGAGACCUUCAGGAGGAACUGUGAGCUCCUGAAAGAGCUGGAAGAGCUGUGUGCCAGGCAGUCCAGGACAGUGUCUCCUCUCUGCAGGUGGCUGCCAGCCAAGGCCUACUCCUUUCAAGAAGAGCAGGACAAUAAGGAUGUUGCCUUGCCAUCAUCCUCACUAAGUUCUCUGAGAAAGAACAUAAGAUUACAGAGCCUGCCAGAGCCUGCAACUGUGUACUUGGACUUAAGAGAUGAUGAACCACAGAACUCAGUGACACUCCCUGAAGAAGAACAAAGUUCAAGUGACAGCUCCACCGAAGAAGAAGAAGAAGAGACUGUGACAAUUAAGGAUGAAGCAGAAAGCAGAAUGAGGAAUUGCUCAGGGAAAAGCCUGUUACUGCAACAACUCCGAGCAGCCCGUAAGGAGACCUCAGAGCUUCUUUGUAAAACAUCUACUCCAACUGAAAAACUGGAUCCAGAAAGUCUGGAAGACAGAGGUUCCUCUAGUAUAAGUCAAACCCAAUAUUGUAAAGUGAGACAAGAGACAAAUAAGGUGGUUCCCAGGAAACUAAUGAGAUUGGAACCAGAGAAGAAAAGUCCCCCUUUGUCAAACUGUGGGGACAAUGAAGCUGACAUAGAAAAAGGAAACAAAAUGGAAGCUGAGAAGGUUCAGAAUUCAGGAAAUGCUCCAGAGUGUCCUCUAACUACAACAGAAUUGCCAAGAAUCUCUAUGUUUUUCAGGACACAAGAAAGUGAAAGAGAGCUAUCCCAAAAAGAAGAGCAGAUGAAAGAGAGACAGAGGAGACUCAGAUUCCAGGAGCAGCUGGAGGGAUUGCAGCCUCAGCAGUCAGUGUCUGGGAAGCAGCCCAUGGCAGAGAACACCCCAGUUCUGUUCCACAUGGAAGCCUCUUAUUUGCCAGCUGUUGACACAUUGCCUGGCCCACAGAGUGUGAAGAAUGAGGUGCUGCUGCUGACCAUUAGGCUGACAAGCUGUGGCCAAGUGGCCACAGAUCAGUGUGAUGGGCAGGUGCCUGACAAGGUGCUGGGAGCAGCCAACAUCUACCAGGCCCUCGUGACGUGGCUGCUCUCUCUGGUGCCUCCAUUGAAAAGGAGUAAUGGCCCCAAAGCUCCGUUUGAGGUGGUGGGGCUGCAGCAGGCCUGGAGGGAGGAAGGCUUGGCCCUCUGUGCUGGUCUGAUCCCAGCAGAUGAGUCUUCAGCCCAGAGCUGCCCCAAGACCCACGAGACACAAAACACAGAAGAUCUACGAGGACCAUCUGUAUUUUACCAGAAGAUUUCUGCAUUUCUUGCCUCUACAUGGCUUCCAGAUGUUAUUUGGUGGAGGGCAGAACUGGCCAGUUGCUUCCAAAACCAGCUGUGUCCACUUCUUCAUGAUAUUCCCUCUGUCCUGCUCAGUAACGUUGUUGCUGUUAAUCCCGACCCUCAGGCAGCAGAGAAGGUGUUUGUGGUGCCAAAUGGAUUUUACUGGCAGACAGUUGAAAGUGGUGACAAAUACUUCCCUGACAGCAGUGCCAUGGAGGCCUGCAGAGAUACAGACACUGAGGUUGCCAUGGUGCUGCUGUUUGAGAGGCUCCUCCAAAGUCCCCUGGCUGCCCAUCACCUGCUGCAGCUGCUGCUCAGCUCUGGCCUGGAUGUCUGUGGCCUCCGCCUGCUCUAUCCCCAGCAGGAUGUGCUGCUCUCCAGCUCAGAAAAGCUGCCUUCUGCCUAUACCUCAGAGCUUGGCAACGUGCCACCAGUGCUGGCACUGUGUGUGAGAGGGCCUAAAGCACGUGGCACCUUGCAGGACAUCGUGGGGCCAUCUGACCCAUGGCUGGCCAGAGUGACAGACUGUGGUUCCAUCAAUGCCAUCUACGGCGAGAGCCAAGAGGAGCCUCUCAUGUACCUGCCCUGCCUGGACAGCCACAUGCACAGGGAGCUGUGCCUCUGGUUUGGAGGAAGGGCUGCUGGGAUCCUGCACCUGCCUUCCAGCUCUCAGGGUCCUUCAUCAACUGGGACAGAAGCAGAUGAAGAAAAGAUUGAUCUCCAGAGCAUGAUGCUGCCUCGACAUCCAGCCAUGCUUGUCUCAACUACCAAAGGGGACAUCAUUUUGAUGGUGUCGCCUGUGGUGUCUCCUUGUGCCUAUGGAAGGGUGAUGUCUGUCUGUGCUCGUCGGGGGUUUGUCCUGCAAGGCCUCAGGCAGCUGCAGCUCUCACCUCAGCAAGGCCUUGUGCUGAGCAUGACAACAAGGCAGAUUGCUGUAUUUUGCCCUGGAAAGAGUUCAAGCUCACCUUAUAGUCCUGCAAGGGGAAAACUCCCAGCUGAACCACGGGGGCACUGCCUCGUUUUGUUGCUGAGGAAGGAGAAUGCAAGUCAUCACAUUCCUGCCCUGGUGAAAGGGCUGAUGGAUGAGCUGGCAAAGCCAGGCCUUGGCAGUGGGCAGAGCAGCCCCCCUGUGACUAUUGGCCUGGAUGCCUCUGUCUGCUUCCACGUGGCUCCGUACGCCGAGACCUCGCUGCAGGCCCUGGGAGGAAACCUCAGUGCAGUUCCAGAGCCCCACAACAUUCCUCUGGAUUUUUUCUGCCACCGAACGUGCGCUGCUGAUCCUGGGAUGGAGCAAGUUGUGACGCUGACAGUGGUUGGAAUGGAGGCCAUGAAAAGUGCUGGAGAGCUCCUUCACCAGAUCCUGUUUCCUGAGCUUAACAACCAGCCUCGGAGUGCAGAAGAGCCUGGGUCAGGAUUUGAGCUCCUAGGCCUGAAGUGGUUGCCCCACCUCACUCGAUGGCAGGCCAGAGAAAUAACCCCCUUUGAGGCUGGAGAUACUCAGUGGCAGAGGAGCCUGGAUACACUGAUGUCCAGCCCCGUCCUCGUGUGUGCGUUCCGGGGGAUCGAUGCCUACGAAACUCUUGCAGGUGUCUUGGAGGGAUUAACACAGUGUAGGGAGAAGCUCACCACGAGUGGAAGUCUCCCACAGGCAGUAAUGGCCUUGACUCCAGAGGUGACAUUCAGACAAGCCAUCCUCUUCUUCACAGAGGCUGAUUUUGUAACCGAUGCAGAACACCGCCCUGCCAUGAAAUACCUGCCACCACCUGGCAGGAGGUCCAGGGCUGAAGUGGGUGAGAGCUGGAGAGGCCGUGCAGAGUCCCUGUUUGCCUACCUGCACACAGGAGCCCAGGUCCUCUGCACGGUGCUGCUCAUCAAACCCAGGGUCUGGAGCCAGAAUCUUGCAAGGAUCCUCAGAAACCUAGACCUGGAAAAAUUCACCCUGGUUGGAAUGAAACACGUAGACCUGGAACCAGCCACUGCUCUGGGACUCCUUCCUUCUGAAGUGAAACAGGAUCCUGCUGCUUUAGAAGCUCACUGUACCUACCUCACCUCAGGCACUGCUCUCGUGCUGUGUCUGCAGAGGCCAAAUGCUGUGAAGAAGCUGGUGGAUCUCCUGGGGCCAGAGGAUCCUAAACUAGCCCAAGCAGUAGAUCCCUGCCUCUGGAGGGCUCAGUAUGGCACCAGCACAGUCCACAAUGGAUUUUAUGGCUCCAAAUCCUAUCAAAUGGCUGUCCGGGAUAUGAAGCUGUUUUUCCCAGAAGGGCUGUGCUGUGCCAAGUGUCAGACACUGGAGGAAGAAGAGAUUUAUAACCUGAAACGUGACCCCAUAUUCAGUCUGGAAGUCAGCAAGGAGCACAAGAUCCUAAACUGGGAGCCAGGAAGAAAACCCAGUGUUCUGGGCUCUGAGCAGCUAUGCAGUCCUGGUCAGCCAUUGCUGGAUACCCGCUGCCAAACCACUUGCCUUGUGUUGCCUGGGAUAAUCCUGCGGGGUUCAGAGCCCCCACCUUAUGUGGACCUGCUGGAUGAGCUUCUUGGCAGAGGUUUCGUGGUGACCGGAGCUCGUCUCACCGUGCUGGACAUGCCACAGGCUCUCUGCAUCUCCAGGACACUCAGCAGGGCCAAGGGCAGUGUGGCAGCAAAGUGUUCCCUCCUGAAGGAUGGUCUGUGCCUGGUGCUGGCAGCACAGCGGGACAGUGCUGUCACCUGCCUCUGCUCCCUGCUGGACAGUGCCUGCUGGCAGAAGCAGUCCAUCCUGAACACUGCAGAGCAUCUCCUUUAUCCCCAGAAUGAGAAUCAGGCCCAGGAGCUGCUCUGUGGCCUUUUUGACUCACUGACAUCAGAGAGCAUCCACCGGAUUGAAUCCCAGAAUUCUUAGCCAAGGCAGUCAAGGCCUCCAAACGGCCUUGGAUGCCACUGUGGAGAUGGACACAUGGGGACUCCCAACUCUCAGAACACUAAUAUUUGUUUGGGAUUAAAAUGCAAAGUCUGAAGUGUG